UCACAGACUGCUUUGUGAUCACUCUCUGUGCUUAUUAAUUUACGAGGAUCUACCCAGGCCAAAGGGACACGUCCCGUUCACUUUGGUGACUACCCCUUGUGCUAUGGAGGGUGUUUCUUUCACCAGUUCCCCAGGCGUGGCCUUUCAGGUUGGUUUCUGGUGCUAGGAACAUCCUCCACCCGUCAGGAGUAUUUCUCCAUCACCUGCUCAGGUACAGGAUGCCGAGUCCUUCACAAAUCUCAGAGCUUUGGAGACACAUCUCCAGAGAUAGCUUUUAUCAAAUUCUUGCCACUUAUGCUCAGAUGGGCAUGACUAAGCCAGAGGGCACCCCUUUGUUCUCCCUGUGGACAGGACCUGCUCCAGAUUGCCCUGACAGAGGAAGCAGGGAGAGCCAGGCUGGUUCCUGGUUUGUGGAGCUGGUCUUAGGACCCCUUCCCUGGGCCAGGGUUUCACUCAGUGGCUAUGUUUAACCAGCCCUCAGGUUGAGCUUGAGUGUGGAAAGUUCUGUUUGAAACUGGGCUGUCCUAGAUAAUCCAGAGACUCUGAGGUACCCCUGGACAGGCUCCAGGUUGACCUUGCCCAAUAAUGUGGGGAGGGGAGAAAGGCCCAGGCUCCACUGAGAUCGCCAAGGGCUGCUGGGCCCGGCCCUGCCCCCUAUCCGGCCUCCGCCCCUGCCCUUCCUACGCUCCCGGCGGGCGACCUGGUAGCUCGGGAGCCCAAACCUGUCGGGCCGGUUUGUAGAGCCACGGGGACCGAGGGAAGAAGGCUACAGAAGGAUGCACGGCCUGGCCCGCACUGUCCGCCGCCGGAGCCUGUCCUGCCCACCCGCCCGAAGUCAUGACGCGCACGCCGGGCCUCAUGGUGCCCCUGCUGGGCCUGAGCCUGGGGCUGGCCCUUAGCCUGCCCAGAGCUGCGGCAACCGACUGCGGGUCCCUCGGGCGCGUGGAGCAACUGGCAUUCGCUCCGGCGGCCAGGACGCGAUGGCUGGCCCCUCGGUUCCGCGCGCCGGGGCCCCUGGACUCCCUGUACGGCACCGUGCGGCGAUUCCUCUCCCUGGUUCAGCUCAACCCCUUCCCUUCAGAGUUGAUAAGGGCCUUGCUGAAUGAUCCACCUUCUGUGAAGACCGAUGAGGUGGUUCGGUAUGAGGCAGGCUACGUGGCAUGCGCUGUGAUCGCCGGCCUCUACCUCCUGCUGGUGCCCAUCACUGGGCUGUGCUUCUGCUGCUGCCGCUGCCGCCGGCGCUGCGGGGGCAGGCUGAAGACGGAGCACAAGGCUAUGGCCUGUGAACGUGGCACCCUCAUGACCUUCCUGCUGCUGACCACGCUCGUACUUCUGAUCGGUAUGGUCUGUGCUUUUGCUACUAACCAGUACACACAUAGUCAGACAGGCCCCAGUGUGAGAGCUGUCCCUGAGACCCUGCUCAGCCUCAGAGGCCUGGUCUCUGAUGUUCCUCAAGAGCUGCAGGCCGUGGCUGAGCAGUUCUCCGUGCCCCAAGAGCAAGUCUCAAAGGAGCUGGAUGGUGUCGGUGAGAACCUCGGGAACAUAAUUCAUAACCGGCUCAAGAGCACAGUGUACCCGGUGCUAGCCUCAGUGCACAGCCUGGGCCAGGCCCUGCAGGUCUCCAUAGACCAUCUUCGAGCCCUGAACACCACCUCCGUGGAGCUGCAGGAGGGUCAGCAGCACCUGGGAGCACCUUUGCAGGCACACCGGGAAUACCUGCUCACCCUCCUUCAGGAGAGCUGGUGCCGAGGGAACUGCCAGGGGGCCCUGAGCCGGGCCAGUGCUCUGCAGCUGGGUGCUGACUUCAGCCAGGUGCCCUCUGUGGAUGAUGUCCUGCACCAGCUGAAGGGUGUCCCGGAGGCCAACUUCUCCAGCAUGGUCCAGGAGGAGAACACCACCUUCAAUAGCCUCCCGCUCCUGGUUGCGAUGCAGACGGCCAAUGUGGUCAAAGAUCUGAAAAAGGCACUGGCUGAGCAGCCUGAAGGUGUGAGGAUGCUAGCCCGAGAGUUCCCAGGCUCCGAGGCCGCUUCCCGCUGGAGCCAGGCACUGGAGAGGCUGGAACUGCACAGCCGCCCCUACUUGCAGGAAGUGCAGCGGUAUGAGACAUACAGGUGGAUUUUGGGAUGUGUGCUGUGCUCUGUCGUCUUGCUUGUGGUGAUCUGUAACCUGCUGGGCCUCAGCCUAGGCAUCUGCGGGUUGUUUGCCAGGGAGGACCCCAGCCACUCUGAAACCAAGGGCGAGGCUGGAGCCCGCUUCCUCAUGGCAGGUGUGGCCUUCAGCUUCCUCUUUGCAGCCCCGCUCAUCCUUCUUGUGUUCGCCACCUUCCUGGUGGGUGGCAAUGUGCAGACGCUGGUGUGCCGGAGCUGGGAGAGUGGAGAGCUGUAUGAGUUUGCAGACACCCCGGGGAACCUGCCCCCAUCUAUGAACCUGUCCUACCUUCUUGGCCUGAAGAAGAACAUCAGCGUCCUCCAGGCCUAUCGACAGUGUAAGGCAGGGGCUGUGCUGUGGAAGGUUCUGCAGCUCAAUGACUCCUAUAACCUGGAUAAGCACCUGGAUAUCAAACAGUAUACCGGCAAGUUUCAGCAGGAGCUGCAGCGCUUCAAAGUGGAUGUGAAGGACCUUGACCUGUUGACCCCCGAAGCUCGCCAGGACCUGGAGGCUUUGCGGGGUAGCGGGCUGGAGAAAAUCCACUAUGGAGACUUCCUUGUACAGAUCCAGAAGCCUGUGGUGAAGACUGACAUGGAGCAGCUGGCGCAGGAGCUGGAAGGACUGGCCCUGGCCCAGAAUGACUCUGUACUCAGGCAGCAGCUACAGGAGGAGGCCAGAGAGCUUCGGAGCCUCUACCGGGAGAAGGUUGUCCCCCAGGAGAGCCUUGUGGCCAAGCUCAACCUCAGUGUCAGGGCCCUGGAGUCCUCUGCCCCAAAUCUUCAGGUGAAUGCCUCAGACAUUCUUGGCAAUGUCACGUAUCUCAAAGGAGAGCUGCCUGCCCAGACCAACCUCAUCCUGAGGAAUGCCACUGAGUGUUUCCUGAUUAGGGAAAUGGACUACUUCUCUCAGUAUGUGGCCUGGGUAAAAGAAGAGGUGACUCAGCACAUUGCCACCUGCCAGCCCCUCUCUGUAGCCCUGGACAAUGGUCGUGUGAUCCUGUGUGACAUGAUGGCCGACCCCUGGAAUGCCUUCUGGUUCUGUCUGGGGUGGUGCACCUUCCUCCUCAUCCCCAGCAUCAUCUUCGCUGUCAAGACCUCCAAAUACUUCCGUCCCAUCAGGAAACGCCUCAGCUCCACCAGCUCUGAGGAGACACAGCUUUUCCAUAUCCCCAGGGUCACCUCCCUGAAGCUAUAGGACCCACUGCUUACCAGUCUCGCCUUUGCACUCUUUCUCCCCGUGAACCAAAUCAUACUCGGCCUUUACUGAACUACAGAGCCAACGGGUUCUUCUGGCCAUCUCGCCCUUGUCCUCCUUGCUGUGGUAUCUCAGCGACACAAAGGGCCUCUUCUCCACCCAUGGAAGCUCCUUCUCCAGCCUUUAGGGACACAGAUUCCUCCAUUUGCCCCAUCUCUUUCUCCCCUCUUCCUGUCCUAGCUUCUUUCCCCUUGUCUGAGUUUGGUCCCCCACCUGUCCCAGCCUCCUUCCUGCUCCCUGCCCAGUUUGUUCUCUCCAUGGAGGCCCUGCCUCCCUCUCCCCUCUUUACCUUCUCCUUGCUGCCACCUUGCUGGUUCCCAGCAGACGUCAUGGCUGAGGUUGUGACCCCUGAGCCUUCUGUAGCUCUAGUCUGUAUCUCCUGUUCCCAGCGGGUAAGGCAGGCCUGUCUGAGGACUGAGCUGUUAGAAAUAGCAGUGCUGGCCCUAUCUUCUCUCUGAGCAUUACCUCCUAAGAUAGGACGAGGGAUGUGGCCACACUGGGGUUCCCCCUUUGACUCACAGGCAGUAGCAUGGGUGGUCCUCCCUGUCUUUCCCUGGAAGGAUCUAGUGGUGAGAACAGAGUAUUUGCACUCCCUCUUCCAUUCUGCACAUAUGGCCUGCUCACCCCUCACCCAUCUCUGCAUGUUCCCUAUGUGCUAGACACUGGGUCCAGAAAGGACGAAGAAAAGAGAGACAACAUGGACCAACCUCUGUUCCAUUAACAUGUUCUCACAUCCUUAAGCUUUGGUUCUGGGUCCCUGAGGCUGGUCUCUGAGGCUGAGGCUCAGUAUGCAUUUGGUAUUUAAUGCACAUUUGUGAGAAGAACUCCAAGGCCUCUCUGACUGCAGGCACCCUGGGACUGUGGGACGAUUCAGUGGGAGGAGCAGCGCCUGCCUAGUCAUGUAAUCACAGUCUGGUUCUGAUGCUGCUAGCUGGGGCACCUCGGGUUACAUGGGUUCCCCCAAGCCUCGAUUUCUUUUAUUGUAAAGUGGAGGGUUGUGAAAGUCACACAUGAUGAUGGGCAGAAAGCCUUGACGGUGUUGAGCAAGUGCAGCUCCCGCAGCUCAGGAGUUCCGAGCCAGGCUGAAGGAAGAGUCAGGGUCUGGGCAUGAGGGAGGGAUGCCCCUUAUGAUGGUUGCCGGCCCUGUUUCUGGAAAUGUUGAAUUACAACUGGAUAGUGGUACAGAGACUCCUGCAAGCAUACGCUCAAACUGGCAUCCUGGCAGAUUUUUUUUUUUUUUUUUUUUUUGGCUUUUCCAAGAAGUUGGAAGUUUUUGUUUUGUUUUUGUUUUCCAGUUGUUACUUGUUUGUUAACUUGGGGGUGAGAAAGUGACACCCUGUAUUUUUUUAAAUGCAAUUGAUGGGAUCUAAACAAACGAAAUAAAAGCAAUUAAAGAUCAUUUCCAGUUCGA